AUGUCUCGCCCUCAAAUUGUUCUCUGUUUUGACGGAACAGGGAACACAUUUCGUGCCGAUGGGACAGAAACCAAUAUUCUAAAGAUUUGCCGAAUGCUCAAGCGAGGCGACGAGCAACAUGUUUACUACCAACCGGGUAUUGGCACCGAGAUCACCCCUGGCUCCCUAGCCGCCACAAAGCUCAAGAGAAAUACUUUCUCGGGCAGAAGCAAGACUCUCAGUCAAGCUCUAGGCCAAACGUUCGACCAACAUGUCUUGGGUGGCUACCGCUUCCUCAUGCGACACUACCGGGAGAGCAGCGAGAUUUUCAUCUUCGGCUUCUCCCGUGGGGCUUAUACCGCUUCUUAUCUAGCCGACAUGCUCGACUAUGUGGGACUACUUGGUCCAGAUAACGAAGAGAUGGUUCCCUUGAUUUGGAACGCGUUUUCAGAUUUCAAAAUGGCCGGAUUCAAGGAAGGCAGAGGGUCUGCUGCUUUCUCCUACAUGAAACAUUGUCGAAGGACACUUUGUCGUCCAAUAGCCCGAAUCAAGUUCUUAGGCCUGUUCGAUGCCGUCAACAGCGUGUCGGGUCUCGAGCUUCUCACCAAGGGCAGAUCGACCGCGCAGACCAUUCGACACGCGGUCAGCACUGACGAACGCCGCGUCAAAUUCCAGCCGGUGCUGCACCGAUCAUCUGCCCGUAAGAACAUUAAAAAAAGACAUGCACAUAUAAAUCAACCCGCCGCGGUACCAUCGGAGUCUGUCAAUGAAGCAGAAGACGGUAGCAAUGAGCAUGUUGGUGGUUCCCCCAAGGCUUCUGAGGAAACUCCAAGUGAGGAUGAUGAGACAGACAUCGAAGAACUAUGGUUCCCAGGCAACCACGCAGACAUCGGAGGCGGGUUCCAACGCGGAACGAACGAGGGCAAGCAACUCAGCCAUACUCCACUCGUUUGGAUGAUCAAUUGCGCUGAGCAGGCAGGCCUGCACGUGAACCACGAAGAGAUGUGCGAACUCGGAUGCAAAGACGAAGCAGGAAAUGAGCAAUCGGCCGACUCGCCCUACCAGAAAGCGUUACUUGAAUCGGCCACCACGGGACUGUUGCAUUCCUGUCUCGAUUUCAAUUCUGGCGUCCCAGCACUUACCGUUCUGGGAUGGAAGCUCAUGGAGUACUUUCCCAUCAGUCGACCAAAGAUCAUGCCCGAUGGUAGCUGUCGGAUGGCUCUUUGGCCAGUCCACCGCAGUGAGCCGCGUGACAUACCCCAUGAUGCAACAGUCCAUGGCUCUGUCAUCAAACGUAUGCAGUCGGACGACACAUAUCGCCCGGGCAAUAUCAUUGUCGGUGGUGGCGGUAGAGGUAUCAAAACAGCUCCGAUGGAAUAUGGAAUGGGCGAAUGGCAGCUGUUCAAACAUGAAGGAGACCCGCUGAAGGAGAUUUACGUGAGAAAGAGUUUACUUCCGACUUUGGCGCCCGCAGGUGAGGAGGAUAAGGGAAGCGAUGCACUUUGA